AUGGCCAUUAUCGGUGCUGGCUUUGAUGACCACUCCUUCAGUAGUGAAGACAGUUAUAGCCACGUCUUCACAGACACAAAAACUGCCACAGUCAAAGGCUUGUAUUUUCAGCGUGCUCAGCUGCUCUGUGGGCCAGCAUCGAGCCAGUACCUCGAUCCCUCCCAGCAGGCCCUUAUCAAUGUGGGGGGCAUCCGGUACGCCUUCCCCUGGACCACCCUGGAGGAUUUCCCCCAGAGCCGUCUGAGUCGCCUGCGCUUCUGCACUUCUCUUAGGGAGGUAGCAGAGUUUUGUGAUGACUAUGACGAGCUGCGACAUGAAUUCUUCUUUGACCGUGACCCUUUAGCCUUUCGGGCCAUACUGAACUUCCUGGCAAAAGGGAAGUUACGUUUGCUGCAGGAUGUCUGCAAUGUUGCCCUGCAUGGUGAGCUGCUGUAUUGGGGCAUUGAUGUUAGACAUAUGGAGCCCUGCUGCCGCCACCGGGUGAUCUGCUCUGUGGAGGAGGUGGCCGAGCACCAGCGCAAGGAGGACGAGUGGCGGCAGAGAAGGAGGGCACUGAGGGCUCCCGUGGUAGAGGGCAGCCUGUUCCGCAUGAUUGGAGAGGCAGUGGAGAACCCUCAUUCAGGUUUAGCAGGGAAAGUGUUUGCUUUUCUGUCUGUCGUGAUGGUAGUGGUCACUGUGAUCAGCUUGUGUAUCAGCACCAUGUCAGACCAACAACAAGAAGAAGCCAUGGGUAGAUGCUCCCAAAAGUGCCGCAGCUUGUUUAUGCUGGAGUCUGUUUGUGUUGCUUGGUUCUCCUUAGAGUUUCUAGUGCGAUUCUUCUACGCAAAGAGCAAGCUGGAGUUUGUCCGUGGCCCUCUGAACGUAAUUGAUGCUGCUGCCAUCUUUACCUACUAUGUCUCCCUGUUGGUGGAUCUCAGGGAUGAGUCUGUUCCGGAUAUUGUGACCAGUGCAGGGAGGAGCAACCUGGAUAAACUGGGUCUUAUCCUGCGUGUGAUGAGGGCAUUGCGUAUCAUGUAUGUGAUGAGGCUGGCCCGCCACUCUCUGGGUCUGCAGACCUUGGGGCUUACCAUUCAGCGGAGUAUGACAGACUUUGGAUUGCUGCUUCUCUUUGUGUGUUUCGCUGUGACGCUCUUCUCCCCACUUGUACAUCUGGCUGAGAGUGAGCUGGCGCCAAAUGCUGCCAGGUCCCCGCAGUUCAGCUUCAGCAGCAUCCCAGCAUCAUACUGGUGGUCCAUCAUCUCGGUGACCACAGUGGGGUAUGGUGACAUGGUGCCCCGCAGCAUCCCUGGCCAACUGGCAGCACUGAUCAGCAUCUUAUCAGGAAUCCUCAUUCUAUCUUUCCCUUCCACAUCCAUCUUCCACACAUUCCUCCACACCUACACCGAGCUCAAGGAGGAGCACAAGAGGUUGUGGAAGGAGGAGAGAGGGACUGAGCUCGCCACUGAAGCUGAGGAAAGCAUAAAAGAAAGAGAAACUUGGCCUGAUAACUGGCCAGAAAAUGAUUUUUUACCUGGUCUGGAUGAUCCUUAUUACCUUUUCAUGUCAGACAUUACAGUGUUGGCUCGGAGCAACUCUCUUCAGUGACUGACUAAGUCCAUAGAAAUACACUAAACACUGUAGCUAAAAGUAAGCUGACACCCCUGCCCAAAAUCUGUGGCCAACCUCACUAACACUCUUGUGGCUGUGGGGGAGCAAAUUCUUGCAGCUAUGCUCCAAAAACUGUAGAAAGUCUACCCAAAGGAGUAGAGACUAUCAUAGCAGCAUGAGAUGUCAUGGAUACUGAUGAUUUUGCUUGUAAAAUUAAUCUUGUUAAUGUUGUCACUGAAUGGUGCUGGAAAAGGAAGUUACUAUACUAUUUAUUUUGGUUCAGCAGUGUUGUCACACUUAUAUUGCCCUUUCUCCUAGAAAUUUCAUUUAUGCCCAACUAAUCUGAAAUAGCAAAUAUAAUGUAUUAUAUAUCGUCUCUCAUAUAUAAUACAAUUGUAUUUAUAAAGCCCAAUAUCACAAAUCACAAUUUGCCUCAGAGGGCUUUACAGCAUAUGACAUCCCUCUGUCCUUUGGACCCUCACAGCGGAUAAGGAAAAACUCCCCAAAAAAACCCUUUAAUGGGUAAAAAAAGGUAGAAACCGCAGGAAGAGCAACUGAGGAGGAUCCCUCUUCCAGGACAGACAGACGUGCAUUAGAUGUUGUGUGUACAAAACAGAUCAACAUAAUAAAUUUACAGUAAUGACAAAAACAUACAUAAGGAGAGACAGAGACAGAAAAAUUGAGACAGUGAGAGAUCGAGAGACACAGAGAGAGAGAUGCAGGGCAGACAGUAAUGAUAAUAGCUAAUAAUAAUAAUUAUUAUUAUUAUUAUAAUAAUAUCAGUAAUUGUGGUACCAUAUGUAGUAAGUAUAUAUUAAUAUAUAAAAGUAUAUGUAUGUGGCAAUAAUAAUACUAAUAUGUGUAUAAUAACAGUAGAAGUAUGACUAAUAAUAACAGCAGUAAUAGGAGGCAUCAGGCAGGACCAUGGCAGCAGUGUAACCAUGACACAUGAUCCAGGCGUAGCUGCAAUACGAGGAAACCAGCGAGACAGUGGAGCACAAAGGCUCCGGAGAAGAAUCAAUCAAUCAAUCAAUCAAUCAAUUUUAUUUAUAAAGCCCAAUAUCACAAAUCACAAUUUGCCUCACAGGGCUUUACAGCAUACGACAUCCCUCUGUCCUUAUGACCCUCGCAGCGGAUAAGGAAAAACUCCCCAAAAAGAAGCGUGCAUGCAAUAAAGUCGAGUUAGCAAUAUGCAGUAAUAGGACGUGAAUGUUUGCAAAUGAAGAAGAACCAACUUUUCAGAAACUGAGAAGAGAGAGAGAAGGAGAGAUGGGGCUUGGUGUAUCAUAGGAGGUCCCCCAGCAGACUUGGCCGAUAUCAGCCUAACUAAGGGCUGGUCCAAGGCAAGCCUGAGCCAGCCCUAACUAUAAGCUUUAUCAAAAAGGAAAGUCUGAAGUCUAGUCUCAAAUGUGGAGACUGAGCCUGCCUCCUGGACCAAAACAGGAAGAUGGUUCCACAGAAGAGGAGCCUGAUAGCUGAAGGCUCUGGCUCAUGUUCUACUUCUGGAGACUUUAGGAACCACAAGUAAUAAUAAUAAUAAUAAUAAUAAUACUUUUUAUUUAUAGGCCCCUUUCACGACACUCAAGGUCACCUUACAGGCAAAGAUAAAAUAACAGCAGAUAAAAAGUCAACGCAGUAAGGAAUAAAGUAAAAAUAAAUAAAUAAAUAAAUAAAGUAUAACAGCAAAGCAAGUUUACAGUGAAUAAAAUUCUGUGUAAAUUAUGGAUGUGUGUGGCUCGGUGGAUGGGAGUCAAACUGAAUAGGCUAUUUGAAAGAGGUGAGUUUUGAGGCGGGAUUUGAAAGUUGAGAGAGUGUUGAUGCUACGAGUGACCAGUGGAAGGGAGUUGCAGAGGUGGGGGGCAGAGCGGCUGAAGGCUCUUAACCCCACUGUGGUCAGGCGGGCUGGCGGGACAGUGAGGUGGAUGGAAGAAGAAGACCUGAGAGUGCGGGUGGGGUUAUGGAUGUGCAAGAGCUCAGAACAGGUACAGAGGAGCUUGGUUGUGGAUGACGGAUGUGGAAGGAGAGGAGGAAAAUCUUGAAGUUAGUGAAGCUGCUGACAGGAGUGAUGGAGGGGGUUCUGGUGAUGAUGCGAGCGGCAGAGUUCUGGACUAGUUGAAGUGUGGAUGGACUUGAGAGGGAGACCAAAAAGGAGGGGGUUACAGUAAUCUAUAUGGGAUGUGACCAGAGUGUGAACAAGAAUGGCAGUACUGUACAGUGUGAGGAACGGGCGAAGGGGGUUAAUAUUGUGUUGAUGAAAGUAGGCAGACUGAGUGACAUUAUUAAUGUGAGCUUGGAAUGAGUGUGGUUGAGGAUGACACCCCUUAACCUGCGGGGAGGGGGAAACUGAGGAAUAAUCAAUGUCAAGUGUGAAACCAUCAAUUUUUGCUAAGGUGGAAUUGGUGCCAAUGAGAACUAACUCAGUUUUAUCACUGUUCAAUUUGAGGAAGUUGCAGGAGAACCAGCAUUUGACUUCCUGAAGGCAGUCAGAAAGGGAGGAGGGCGGGAGGGUGGAGGUAGGUAAGGUGGACAGAUAGAGCUGGGUGUCAUCCGCAUAGCAAUGGAAAUGGAUGUUGAAUUUAUGGAAGAUGUAACCAAGAGGAAGUAAGUAGGUGAUAAACAGAAGGGGACCCAAGACAGAACCUUGAGGAACACCAGUAGUAAGUGGAUAUGGCUGGGAUUUGAAUGUUUUCAGCUGGAUAAAUUGAGUACGGUCAGAGAGAUAGGACUUAAACCAGGUAAGGGGUGUGUUAUUGAUUCCAAUGGAGGCCAGUUGUGAGAAAAUGGCAUCAAAGGCCGCACUCAGAUCCAGUAGGAUUAGAAUGGGUAGGAGUCCGGAGUCAGCUGCCAUGAGGAGGUCAUUUGUGAUUUUUACCAAGGCUGUUUCUGUGCAAUGUAGGGGUCACCUGAGCUUUUUUUCAAGGAUUUUAGAAAGGAAAGGUAGAUUAGAGAUAGGACAGAGGUUAUUGACAUUGUUUGGGUCUGAACCAGGUUUCUUAAGAACCAAUUAAAGGCCAAUUAAAUGUCCCUGUCUCUGUAGCAGAAUUUGAUGGUCAAUUGUAUCAACUAAGAUUUAAUUAAACAAGUACAGAGAUGAGUCCUUUCUCUGAAGCAAUCAGAGGAUCAUUUAUCAUUUUUACUAGCUGUCUCUGUGCUACAAUGCACUUUGAAUCCUGACUGAAAUUCCUCAAAUAAAUUAUUGUCAUGGAGAAAGUCACACAGCUAGUCUGCGACUACUUUCUCAAGGAUCUUUAAAAGAAAGGGAAGAUAUGGGUCUAUAGUUGGCUAACACCUCUGGAUCCAGGGUGGGCUUUUUUAGGUUUGAUUACAGCUACCUGAAAGGACUGUGGUGCAUAGCCUGUUAAUAAAGACAUAUUGAUCAUGUCCAAUAUAGAAGUGUUAACUAAAGGUAAAACUUCUUUUAGUCGCCUAGUUGGGAUGUGGUCUAAGAUACAUGUUGAUGAUUUAGAUGAAGAAAUCCCUGAGGUCAUUUGUUGAGGGGUAAUCGGAGAGGGGCGAUCUAAAUUUAUAUCAGGUCUAACAGCUAUGUUUAGGUUUCCUGUGUUUGAAGGCAGAUUGUAACUGUGUGAGGGCAGGAGGUCAUGAAUGUUGCCUCUAAUAAUUAGAAUUUUGUCAUUAAAAAAGGCUAAAGAAUUACAAGGCUCAAUAGAGCUGUGACUCUCAGUCAGCCUGGCUACAGUGCUGAAAAGAAACGUGGGGUUGUUCUUAUUUUCUUCUAUUAAUGAUGAGAAAUAGUUUGCUCUGGCACAUAUGAGGAGCGCGCACAGCCCUCCUAUAUGUUUUAAGACUGUCUUCCUAGACUACACGAGAAUAUAAUAUAAUAUUAUAUGCAACAAACCUCUGUGAAUCUAUCCCCAACAUAAUGUCCACAUUAGAGAAGCAUGGCGAGGUCUGGCUAUAAGUUAAGUUUGUCAAAAAGUGUUCUGUUCCCAAUCAACAAAGCUGCCCAGAGCUUUUCGUAUUUGCAUUUGCCAUUUGUAAUAACAAACUAAUUUAAAUAUUUGGGUGUGACUGUAACAUGAAGUAUUGCCACUUUGUUUAGUGUUAACCUUAAGCCUAUAAUGGAGAGCACUGUUAGUGAUCUUGAAAGGUGGUCCCAUCUCACCAAUACUUUGGCAGGCAGAAUCAAUGCUAUAAAAAUGAAUGAUCUUCCAGAAUUUUUGUUUCUGUUUAAAACUAUUCUGAUCUGGAUCCAAAAAUCUUUUUUCACUUCUUUUGACAAAGAAUUUCUCAUUUUAAUUCAUGAUUGAAAACACCUAGAAUUAGCAAAGCUCACUCACAGCAGGCAAGACCAUGUGGGGGGAAGGGAUUGCCAAACUUUUUGUCUUAUUAUUGGGCCUGCAAUGUUCAUGCUCUGUGUUUUGGGCCCAUUUUGAUAAAUCGGCUGCAAAUGUUACCUAACAUCUUUGACUGCCCUCAUGUUUUCUCCAUUGCCUCUCUCACUGCAAUACCUUAAAGCAGCUGUGCGGAACUUUUUACCAUUCAUAAAACUGUCCCUAGUUCGUAUCACCCCCCCUUGAAGAUCCGCAUAUUUAUGUGAACCCAACAGCGACAAAAAAGCCUUUCUCUAUAUGGCUAUUUAGCGUAGCCUGGCUCGGGUCAGACACAGCGGAAGUCAGCAAACCAGAAUACGGCACCCGGAGGCGGAAGUAAGUCUGCACGCCCGCAGCGGCCCACAGCCAUUAAACCACAGAAGAAGAAGGAGCCGUGUUUACGAGUAGGAUUUAAUAAACAGGCUAAAUGACAUGUAGUAGGGAGUAGUCUCUUGUACAGUAGGUGGUGGUAUGCACCUGGAAGUUUUUUGCGAUCUGCCAAUAAAUUGAGAGAAGAAGAAAAGCCGUAUUUACAGAGAGUGUUCUUCGAGUAAGCAGUACGCAACAGGCAUUGCACAUAACAGUUUUACCAGAUGUAUCUAUAAGGACUUGGUUGUACUUUCGAUGUCAUGGCAGAUAAAGAAGGAGCACCAUCUAAAAGAAAAAGAACAGAAGAACAGAAGAAGGCUAAACGGGACAGUGAUAGGGCUCGAGCCCAAAAGUGUGUAAACCUCGGUCGGGCAUUCACAAAGUGGAGAGAGCUGAGAGAUUUGAAAGGUUUUAAAACUGAUCCCGAGUUGGCCCUUUUCCUAAUCGACAGGUAUGUAAUGUUUUUAUUUAGAGAAUAUACCGCAACUUGUUAGACGUUGUUUCACUUCAAUGUAUGACGACAUGGAAGUUAUAAGCAAGCUAAAUGUAACGUUAGCUGAUGUGAACCACUUUUGUCUAGUAACGUUACAACAAACGCCACAAAAUUAUCUGUGACUGUGACCAUGAACACAAACAUACAGCAGGCAGUUGUCCUCAGUUUAUAAGAAAUUCAGAGCUACACCAGAACAUUUAUGAUUUUCCUCUUGCUCUCCAAAACAAAUGCAUGCGGUAAUUGCCGGUUGCAGUCGAGAUUUUAAGACACCAGGCUGUGGGUGUCAUACCGCUUCGACCAAAGGGGGAACUAUAAUCAACGAAAACGUAAAGUUCCGCACAGCUGCUUUAAGAUCACCCCAUUUAAUUUACCACAAUCUCAUUUCUUCAGGUUCCUCCAAGUUCGUUAUAUUAUAUUAAAAGUAAUACACCCUCUUUUCCAAUCUUGCCUGAAGGAACACCGAUGGAAUCUCUGUUUUAUUUUGAGCCCUCCAAAAGGUGUCAGAUAUCUUUUAUUUUGUUUAUUUAUUUUUUCAAAUUUACAAGACCCAUCACUCGAAUAUCUAAAGUCUAUAUGGGAGAUCGAGUUGGGGAUUGCUGUGACGGUGAAGCAGUGGGGAAGAGCCCUCAAAGGGGUCCACACGGCCUCCAUCUGUGCCCAGCAUGGCCUCAUUCAAUAAGGUGCUGCAUCGCCUUUAUUUUUCGAAAGUCAAAUUCUCUGAAAUGUUUUUGGAUAUUGAUACCACUUGUGACAGAUGCAGACUUUCGCUUGCAUCCUUAGCACGCUCAUUCUGGCUGUGUCCUAAUUUGUCCACUUACUGGGGUUCAAUCUUCAAAAUACUAUCACAUAUUUUUAAAAGUAAUAUUCACCCAGAUCCAGAGGAAAAUAAGACUCUUUCUGGAUCUAGACUCAAAAAAAGAAAAAAAAAAAGUCACUUUAAUAGCAGGGAAAUAAAUCCUUCUCCACUGGAAGAACCCUGAAUGACCGAGCUGAUCUAAGUGGUUGAGGACCAUGAUUAGGCCUUUUUUGUCUGCAACUGCCUGCUCCUCUAAAGGUUCUAUGUGUAUGUAGGUAUCUGUAUUGUGUAUACUUGUGCAUAUGUAUACUUUUUUUCUUUUUCUUUUGUAAUGCUGUAUAGCAGUUUAU